AAUAAUUCACAGCAGAUUCAAAGUACGAAUAUAUAAUUAUUUGACCUUGCCAAGAAAAUAGUUAAUUCUAUCGCUUGUUAUAAAAUUCUUUGAGUCAGCAAUAUGGAAUUUCUUAUGAGCAAGAUAAGAUAAUGAUCAAAGAGCCAAUUUUCCUCUUGUGCCAUUCUCUACACACACAAGUUUUAUUCAAUGCUAUUUUUCCUUGUACUACAUUUUAAUUCCGUCUUGAAAUUUAAUUGAAGUGAAAAUACUUCUGAGAAUAUAUUUGCAUACUUAAAUUCACCAGAGAUGCUGUUUAGUAAAUUUAUUGCUUUCCUCAUCACCGGCAACAAUGAAAAAAGUUUCUGGUUCUAUCGAGCGCGAAACUGACCAGAGGAAGGAAAGGUUUCGAUCGUUCUGGUUUCACCAAGCGGCGCUUUAUUGCAGAAUGCAAAUCGGCGAACGCGCAUCUCUCGCACAGAUCGCGGACCAACAUCCGCGGCGGGAGGGGCGGCUGACAGGAAGCCACUGUGACAAUCACCUUUUUUAAUUGUCGAGCCGGCCAGCUAGGCGUGACGCAGAGUCAAUGCGCCCUGAGAGCACCUCUGACUCACACACGCGGCGAGCAGCACCUUUUUUCUGCUUUCGCGUCCAGCGCCUUCCGAGAAGCAUCUCGCGACCACUUGUGUAUCUCCUCAGGAGACACCUUUGCAUAUUUUCUCCUGCGGCGUCCGGCGCACCGGGUCACGGUGGCCGCCUUUGUGGCCCCCUCGCCCCGCACUGAUUCGCUCCACGGCCUCCGGCGGGGGGUCCUGAGAAGUUCUCGGUCUCUCCUGGAGACUCCUCAGCGUCACUCCAACCUCGGCCGUCGCCAAGCACACAGAUGACCGCCGCUUGGCUUUUUAUUUCGAUGGCCGGCCUUGUGGGCCUGGCUGGGGCCUACGAGGGUCGUUCCCUGACGAGGGACACAGCUUGGUGGUCAGCCCCAGAACCUCAGUGGCGCAGUCGAAUUCUGCCAGCCCUGUUGCCGGCCAGUCGCUACUGGGGCAACCCCCCUGCUCAGCACCAACAGCAGCCCUAUCACAACCAAAAUAACCAACAACCCUACGCCAAUCAACAGUACCAGGCUCAGCCUUUUGAUAACCAACAGCGCCAAGCGCAACCUUACGCCAGCCAACAGUACCAAGCGCAGCCCUAUCACGGACAGCAAGUCCAAAACUUCCACCAGCAACAACCAAGCCCAUUCUUGCAAGCAGUGCAGGCGCCGAGGUCGCGAUACCUUCGAGAACCGCUUCCAGGUGACGUUUACGGAAGCUACAACCCAAGACAACCAGCGCCCUGGUCUGUCCAGGUGGGCACAAGUCUCACCGUCAGAGACGACGACUCUCGAGGCGCUUUCAGCAACAGACGUCAUUAUGUGCAAAGCGAGAACGAGGGCAGGUGGGCAGGAAAAUAGAUAAAAGUUUUAUAUUUUAUAUAAAAUUAAUGGUUUUGUAAGUUAAUAAAGCAGUUAAUUUUCUUUUUUAAGUACAA